ACGACUGUCCUGCAGGGGGGAGGGUCCCUGCUUGCUGCUGGUCCCUGGGGGGCUGCUUCCUGGGACCCCCGGUCUGUCUCCCUUUAAUGGGACUGUUUUCAUUAACGUGGUAUCCAAGGAAACGAGGCGUCACGACCCCCAGACAGGGACGCGCGGUCCGGCAUAAAAGAGAGAGAAGAUGAGACGGAGAGAGACACGGACCCUGAAGCUCCGGAGCUCCGCGCGCUGACACCACCGGACAGACCUCCGCCAGACCCCCGCCAUAACUCCGCCAGAAUCCCGCCAGACCCCCGCCAGACCUCCGCCAGAACUCCGCCAGACCCCCGCUAGACCUCCGCCAGAACCCGGAUGUUCCAGCUCCGAGACAUGCUGCACCGCGACCCAUGCAACAGUGAUCCAGAUCGAUGCAUCACGACGAAACAGAAACAGAAAAGUCCUGAGAUCCUCCGUGAUGGUUCUCGUCCCCGAUUGGUCCGCCCGGUCUCCGCCAACAGUCGGGAGCGCUGGCGGCAGCAGAACGUUAACGGAGCGUUCACGGAGCUGCGCAGUCUCAUCCCCACGCACCCCCCCGACAGGAAGCUCAGCAAGAACGAGAUCCUGCGUCUCGCUCUCCGGUACAUCAGCUUCCUGGACCAGGUGCUGACGGACCAGGUGCUGACGGACCAGGUGCUGACGGAGCAGGAAGUCCGGGCGGGGCCCCGAUGCCGAGCGGGCAGCGUGGACCAGGAAGACGCGUCUCAGGGGACGAUGUCCCCAAACUCGAGCUGUGAGAGUUCGGCGGACGGAGACUCGGACUGUGGAGGACUUCUGCAGUUCCUCCACCUGGCGAGCAGCUACAUCUGA